AUGUUUUACCAAGGAACUCUGCAAGACGGCAUUUCCACCGCCGUGGGCCAACAGAAGCUGGUGCUGUGCUUCGUCACGGAUGAGAGCGAGGAAAGCACGCAAUGGGAGAAUGAGUUUCUGCUUGACGAGAGUUUGAGCAAGUUGAUCAAGGACCAGAGCGUGGCGCUACGUCUCACAGCCGGCUCCGAUGAGGCCGGCUAUCUCGCCCAGAUCUUCCCGCUCCCUCGUACUCCCACAGUUGUAAUCAUUCAGAACGGCGAACUGAAGGAGUACAUCACUCCUGGCACCACCAAGGAGGAUUUCUUUCGCCGCAUUCAAAAUGCAUUCAGCGCCACCUCGUCAUCAGCGCCCGUGUCAGCAUCCACCAGCACACCGCAACCUGAGCCCGCGCCCGCUGCCAGCUCAUCACAGGGCGUAUCCCCGUCCGGGGAGUCCUCGACAUCCGAGAAUGUCCGACGGAUUCUAACCGAGAGAGCUGCCAAGCUCAAGACCCAGAAGGAGGAAGCCGAACGCAAGGCCAAGGAACAGGCCAAGGAAGAGCGCAACAAGGCCAAGGCAAAGGGAAAGGCAGACGCCGAGGCUGGUGCCAAAACUGACAAUGCCGUGGCGCACAAGGCGGCCGAGGCUGUAAAGAAGAAGCGUCAAGAGCAACAGGAGGAGCGCCGACGGAUUCUCAAGCGCAUUGAGGACGACAAGGCUGAGCGCAGAUUGCGCGCGCAAGCCCGUGAGCAAAUGCGGACAGAGGAUGUGAAGGGCGGUGAUGUUGCUUCCUCUCUGGUGAAUGCGCCUGAGAGCAAGCUACCCUCCACGACGAAGGCCAGUGGCAUGACCUCUCUCCAAGUGAGAAUGUUUGACGGCUCGACGUUGAGGUCUCGGUUCAAGACAACGUCUCCUCUGAAGACUAUCCGCAGCUGGGUCGACGAGAACAGGACUGAUGGGUCCCAGCCAUACACUUUCAAGCAGGUCCUAACGCCAUCACCAAACAAGACGAUUGACGAAACAGAGGAGAACAAGUCGGUCGGAGAGCUCGGCCUGUCACCGUCGUCGACGUUGGUGCUCAUCCCGGUGAAGAACUUCACAUCUGCCUACGAUGCGUCGUCGCAGAAUAUUGUGUCGAGGUUCUUUGCCUUUAUUCUGGGCAUCUUCUCCUGGUUUUUUGGACUAUUCAGCUCAGGUGAUGCACGAGCACCUGCCGGUGCCGGCGAGGACUCCGCGGGGUCUUCCCAGGAUCAGUCCCGCAUUCAAAGUUUUGGAAAUCAGAAUGAUCGACAGCGGGAUCAACAAUUGUACAAUGGCAAUUCUUUGAACUUUGAGCCACGACCGGAUGAGGAAGAGAAGGAUGAUUGA